CAAAGUUCAAACAUCACAGUAAAAAUAGGGUAUUCGCUGGCUGCUGCCCGUGUGCUAACAGGGAAAAACAAACAACUUGGCGAGCACAGGGCGCGCUGCUCGGUCUCCACCGCACCGAAGACCGGCCGAGGACCCCGAAAAUGGCCCUCAGCUAACCGGCGCCCGGUCUCGGUCUGUUGUCGGCGGAUUUACUGAGCGACUGCUAGCUGGGUGCUAACGUUAGCACGCUAGCUUCGCCAGGAGCACAUAGCGGCUACUGCUAGCUAACGUCACUGGACUGGUACUGUUUACUCCCGAGACUGCAGCGAUGUUUGUGCAGGAGGAGAAGAUAUUCGCCGGGAAAAUGUUGAAAAUACACAUCUGCACCAUGGACGGCACGGAGUGGCUGGAGGAGGUCACGGAAGACACCACUGUGGAGAAGCUAAAGGAGAGGUGCUUGAAACAUUAUGUACAUGGAAGUCUAGAAGACCCCAAAACACUUACCCACCACAAACUUAUACAUGCUGCUACAGAAAGAGUCCUCACCGACACUAAAACUGUUGCUGAUGAAAAUCUCAAAGAUAAAGAUGUAUUGCUGCUCAUAAAGAAAAGACCGCCACCGACCCCUCCAAAGAUGGCAGAAGUUAGUUCAGACGAAAAGAAGAAACAAGAUAACAAAGCUCCAGACAAAGACGCAAUCCUGAAAGCUACCGCCAGCCUGUCCACACGCCACACUGACCGCACUGUUGCGCAACACAACAUCAGAGAUUUUCAAACAGAGCUCAGAAAAAUCUUGGUUUCUCUUAUUGAAGUUGCUCAGAAGCUUCUUGCGUUGAACCCUGAUGCUGUUGAACUCUUCAAAAAGGCAAACGCAAUGUUGGACGAAGAUGAAGAGGAUCGGGUGGAUGAAACGGCCCUUCAGCAGCUCACUGAGAUGGGCUUUCCUGAGAGCAGAGCAAUCAAAGCUCUUAGACUGAACCACAUGUCAGUGACCCAGGCUAUGGAGUGGCUGAUCGAGCACGUAGACGACCCGUCCGUAGACUCGCCGCUACCAGGCCAGGACUCCUCGGGGGCAGCAGGAGCCACGGCGGCCCCCACACCGGGUCCCUCUGCUUCGGCCUCGGCUUCGGCCUCCGGUCCCAACCUUCUCCGCAGCCUCUCCAGCCAGUCGAGCACAGACGAGAGCAGCAGGCAGGACGAACUCACAGAGAUCUUCAAGAGGAUCCGCAGGAAAAGGGAGUUCAGACCAGAUUCAAGGGCUGUCAUUGCUUUGAUGGAGAUGGGUUUUGAUGAAAAGGAAGUGAUUGAUGCUCUGAGAGUCAAUAACAACCAACAGGAUGCUGCGUGCGAGUGGCUGCUGGGAGACAGGAAACCUUCGCCAGAAGAUCUGGACAAAGGCAUCGACACCAACAGCCCGCUGUUCCAAGCCAUCCUGGAAAAUCCAGUGGUCCAGCUGGGUCUAACCAACCCCAAGACUCUGCUAGCGUUUGAAGACAUGCUGGAGAAUCCGCUGAACAGCACCCAGUGGAUGAAUGACCCCGAAACCGGCCCGGUCAUGCUCCAAAUAUCCAGAAUCUUCCAGACCCUCAAUCGCACAUAGAGCCUCCUGGUGACCCCUGUAUGUGUGUGUGAAUGCGGCAGCUUGUGUGUGUGUGUGUGUGUGUGUGUGUGUGUGUGUGUGUGUGUGUGUGUGUGUGUGGCAGAGACACAAGUAUUGUUUUUAGCCUUGUACAGACAAAGCCAGAGGAGUCAAAAGUAUGAACUAAGACAUAUAACUAUUUAUAACAGUACAGUAAAAACACUUAUACUAAACAAAUGUUAACAUAAACAUUAUUAUUACAGUAAUAAUAUAAAAUUUGAGAUUUAGUAUGUUGUUUUUACAUUUUAAUGAUAACAAUUUAUAGGUAUGACAGACAUGAUUUAUUUUAUAUAAUUUCCUCCAUGUGCAAAAACAUCAGACAUCAAUUUAAUGUUUACACUUCAAAGAAAAAGAAAACCAGUUUUUGUAUGUUUUGCAAUAUUUAAAUAUCAAUCACAGUUUUGUCUGUCUCUUUAAAUUGUUACAUUUCAUCAGUGGUGAACGUGUGGAAGACUACCAGGUUUUGUUUUUCCAUCCCUCCUCGUCUCGGUUUCAUCGGAAUAACUUCUUCUAACAGAGUUGAGUGUCAGUUAGGCUCGUUGAAAAUGAGCUUUCAGACUCUAUCCAUUCAUGCUCGCAAGGUCACUGUAAGUCUAAAGACAUUUGUCCUUGAGCUUCUUCAGACAUAUUUAUUUGACUUUCUUGCCUUUUCAGAUGAAAGCUGUACACUAAUCUGUGUGUCUCAGUCAUGUUUUUACAGAAAAAAAGACGUUAUAUUAGGCCUGUGUGUUUAUUGUCAAUGUGCUCUUGAAUGUCAUAUUAUCUCGUUGCGCUCAUUUAGCACUUGUUCACCUCUAUGAAUAUCGCUCACUGCAGCAUCGAGGAAGUUAAAAAAGAAGUGUUUGGGUCUGAAAAGGCUGUAGUGGGAUGUUAAACGAAGCUGAGCCUAAUCAAAAAGGGGGGUUUGCCUUUUUUUUUUUUAACCUUUAAUUUGAAUGACGAUGCACUCGUCUUCACAACCACAAAGAAAUAAUAGAAGCUGAGAUGCAGCCGAUGUAGGGUGUUUUUAGUUUACUUUUUUGUCUUUCUUUUCGAGAGCAACAUACAUUUAUGCUGUCAAACCAAACCAAAAUGUCACUGUAUAACCUGCCUUGUCAUUAGAUGUAUCCAGUGGGAAAAAAAAGAAAUUCCCUGUUUUUUUCUGUGCAAUAGCAAAAACUUCUGUUGACCUGUAAAGACAUAUAUUUGACUUGCGUGUUAGAGACGUGUGAACUGCAAUGGGUAGCGUGUUAUACAAUAUUAGCCUUUGCAUCGAGUACUUAAAGUCUCCAGCUACAAGAAGGGGGAACUUCGCCUCUCCUGGUUGUACCGAGAGUUAAAAAAAAAACUAAAAAAAAAACAAUAUGGAGGGUGGUGUGUUUUGCCAAGCUUUUGAGUGUUUUUAUUCAAUAUUUAAAAUGUGGUAUUGAUGUGACUUUCUGCUCAGGGAGGCUGAGAUUGUUUUUCUAAAAACCUGUCGUCAUGGCAAACCUCUGCUCAACCCCUUCUAGUUUGGCAUUUGAAAAUGGCUUUAACUAAUCUGUCUAGAACUUUGCUUACGAAUAAGAGCACCACAGGACAUGGUUUCGUAAAUGCAAUAUUUGAAAAUAUAUAAAUGUUUUUAGAGAGAAAGUAUCUGUUUGAACUAUGUAUUAUUACAUUAUUUAUAUCAAAGCCAAACUAGUAACUUGUUCUUAUUUAUAACAUUUUUAGCGAAAAAACCUUGAAGCUAAUCUACAAAUGUGAAAAAUUAAAUGCUUCAAAUGUUGUUUUUACAAACCAUUAUAGAAUUGUGCUUACGGACUGGUAAGUCACGGUGUGAUUUCAAAAGUGGUGCGACGUGUUUGAAUCAAGGAGGAUUUCUACUCACAUCUCCCGGAAGCCUCUUUUUGCACACUUUCUGCACUGCGGUGGAUGUUUAUCAUGGCCACACCGACCAGCUGUCUCACCACCUCCAUGCUUUCCACUGGCAUGCAUACGACUCUCCAUCUCUCCCCCGUAGUAUUUGUGAAGCAAACAUUGGGAGAUUGUACGUUUUUAAGGGAAAAAGCUCCUCAAGAAAUGCCGCCAUCUUUCAAAAAAAGAAGGAAAAAAAAACGGUCAGCAGGAACAGAAACGAGCAAAGUGAACUUUAUUGCGAAGGGACACUGACGAGAGGGUUGUUGGAGUCUCAGAUUGUUGUUUUCACUCCGCUUUCAUGCAGGACUGUCCCAGAUCAACAACCUAUGCAAUAUAUUCACAGUCUGUUCGUUCAAAUAGCCUCGUGGCUACUGGCAUCUAAAUCACCUUUGCAUUAAAGUUAUUUUUUGUGGCUGUA